AUGUCAUCUCACAAUAGCUCCUCAAUAGUGGGGAUGUUUUUAUCCCAAUUUGAUAUGAAGAAAGGGAAUGUCAUAGUAUGGCAAAAAGAUUGCAAUAAUUUUAGGAACCUUGAAUUCAAGGCUUUACCGUCAGGAAUCCAUGAAUCCAGCGAUGAUGUGGUAAACUUCAUGGUUAUAGAUGAAAAACAUCCAACAAAAAGUUACCAUGGUAUUAGUUAUUUCUGUCAGAAUAGCUUUGAUCAAGAUAUAAGAGAAAAUGGUCAGAUUGAUAGGAGCCAAGUGAAAAUGUAUUCAUUAGGAUUUAUUAUAGAGGCAAAUGAGAUAGAGAUCGAUAAAUAUGUGGCUGAUCUCGAAUAUUUAUUGAAUGAUUGGUUACAAACUAACAAUUUUGAUACCUUUUCACAAUUCUAUGCUAAUCGUCAUAUACCAACGAAUAACCGACUGACCAGAAAGAAAAUGAUCGAAUAUCUCCCAUUUUGGAUUACAAAAUUUGGUCCUUUGAUAUUUACUGUAUGGAAGUCAUGUCUUGUAAAUAAAAGGAUCAUUAUUUUAAAUCCAGCUGGUGGCUCGUUUGACAUGUGUAACUCAUUAGCACUUUGUAUUUCAAAACUGUCCGACUGUUGUACUUCUACAAAUUCUCUUACUCCCCAAGAAUUACUUUACACGAUAGGAACUAUCGAUAUUGAUCAUUUAAUCGAUAGUGACAGAGGAUAUAUCGCAUGCACCAGUGAUGAAGUACUUGUAUACCGAGAGGAAAUCUAUGAUAUUGUUAUACGAUUACCAGCCAUAGGAUCCCUGGAAGACAUGAUACAACCAAGCUUCCCAAUAUCGAUACAAGAUAAUAAAGGUAACGAUAUAAAGGCAACACCCCACGAUUUAGAGACUUUUACAUUUUUCUUUAAUGGACAAAUUAAAUUGUCCACACAAAUGCAUAUCCAGACAGAACCACUCUCAUGGUUGCAAUUCCUAAUUGAUAAUUUCUACUACUGGUUAACUGCAGGAACUAUCAAACCAAGUUAUUAUCACGCCAUGAUGUUAAGAGGAAGCCCUGUUGAACUAGAUGGAACAAACCAUAUCUUAGAAUAUUUUGAAGAAAAGACAAAAUUGCUGUACCAGAAUUUAAAACUUCUUCUAUCAAAUGGAGAACAUAUACUCUCCCCUUCUGAUCUUCUUCCAUUAGAACUUGACUGUUUCAGUUAUCAAGACUAUCGUUUUGUGGAGCUGUUAGCUCUAAGAUGGUUCCAAAAAUCAAUCACAGUAAGUUCUUCAAACUAUUGGCGUUUGUUAUAA